AUGGCUCUCCUCGAGCUUCUCUUAUCACUUAUGGCAAACAUCAAGUCCAUCAUACUGACAUCGAAGGUACUCAAUAGCAGUCGUCAUCCGUUUCCGGCGGGACGCAUGUUCUCUCAGGCAGUAACAUCUAGCCAACAUCUAGCCAACAGCAUAACAGAAACCUCCCAGCUUAUCGCCACGUCCCUCCAACGGCAGUGCAUCUUCUGCCUACAAAAGCAUCCCGCGACCCCGCCGCAUCCGACAACGGUCGGUCUGUUUACCGAGAUUUCAUCGACUUUGUCGACCCCAGUUGGCAACCCCAGACUCGACACUCCCCAUCUCUUACAAUCGAUACGAUUCUUGCACAUCGCGGACGCCUACGUGAAAAUUUCUUGUGUUGGCGUCAUUGCGAGAGGUAGCCACUUUAUCUCCGACCGCCACCCGCAACGUUUCUACAUAUCAAUCGGAGCCAUGGAUACCCCGUCUUCUACGAGCAGCCAGGAACUGGCUCCCUACGUCGGCAGCCUCGAUACAUACAAGUUCCCCGUACAUCGUCUAAAGCGGGUGAUGGACGAUCCAAGCAAGACGCCUUUGGUUCUAGUCGCUGCUGGAAGCUUCAGUCCGCCAACUUAUCUACAUCUACGAAUGCAAGAGAUGGCCGCAGACUAUGUGAAAUUCAGUACGAAUUACGAGUUACUAGGAGGAUAUCUGUCGCCAGUGUCAGAUGCUUAUAGGAAGGCGGGUUUGGCCAAUGCAGAACACCGGCUCGCCAUGUGCCAACUAGCCGUCGACGAAACCUCCGAUUGGUUAAUGAUUGAUCCUUGGGAAGCUUUACAUAAGGAAUAUCAACCAACUGCCGUGGUACUUGAUCACAUCGACCACGAGAUCAAUGUGGUGCGUCAGGGCGUCGAUUGCGGCGACGGCACUCGGAAACAAGUUCGAGUAGCGCUUUUGGCCGGCGCGGACUUGAUCCACACCAUGUCGACACCAGGGGUCUGGAGUGCUAAAGAUCUGGACCACAUCUUAGGUCGCUACGGUGCCUUUAUCGUUGAACGAAGUGGCACUGAUAUCGACGAAGCGUUGGCAGCUUUACAACCUUGGCGCGACAAUAUCCACGUCAUUCAGCAACUCAUCCAAAACGACGUCAGCAGUACCAAGAUCCGUCUGUUCCUUAGGCGUGAAAUGAGCGUUCGCUACUUGAUUCCAAUCCCUGUGAUUCGCUAUAUCGAGCAACACCAUCUCUAUGAAGAUGAUGGUGCCGGCAGCACAGCCUCGAUUGAUAAGGGAAAAGGCAAAGAAAAGGUUGCAGUCUAA